ACUGACAGCUAGGAAGAAGAUUUGAUUACCUAACCAAUAAAAUAAGCUACUUUGAACAAAUAAUAGACAUAUUUUGUAAAAACUGUGCUUUUAUUAAGCACAGGCCCUAACGUAGAGGUAGCAAUGAGUACAUAUGAGAUCAGCAAAUCAUCGCUCCUCAGCUUAAAGGCUGAAAUUUUAAGAAAGCAAGAAGAUGUGGCUCGAGCCAAAAUCGAAAAUGAUGGAAAAAUUAGGACUAUCAAGAAGAAAUACACCGUGAAAAAGAACAAGGGAAUUGAAAAUCGCGAAAUCAAUGACUUAACGGAGGAAGACCAUGACCUACUGAGAUUGUCCAAAUCGAGACUAGAAGCAAAAACCAAACUGUACGACAAGUUAUCAAAAGGUUCAUCUACAAACGAGGAAAAUGACCGAUUAUAUUUGGUCAGAUUUGGUGCUAAAGGCAUGUUAGCAUCUGAUCAAGGCCCUGUACCUCCAAAUGAUCUUCCAGAUGAUCUACCACCUGUAGAAGAGGAAGAAGCCUAUUCUGAUUUCGAAGAUGAUAACGUGAAUCCGGAAGAUGAUUGGGUGGAGUACACAGAUUCUCUUGGACGCUCAAGAAAAUGCCUUCGCAGAGACUUGGCAGAGUUUAAGUCCCGAGAUGCGGAUUUACGAGAAAUAGCGGAAAAACGACAGCAAAUUGCGCCUUCUCGAGACGAAGAGAAAAGGGAUGAGUUGGAAACAGCAAGCAAUAAUGAACGACAGGAUAAAGAGGUUUGCGAAAAGGAUCCUAUAGACGAAGAAAGCGAAAUGAUCUCUGGAGAUAUGAGGAGGCACAUGUUGAGACAGCAGUGGGAAAAGGAAGAAGAAGCACUAAGGGAUAAAUCUGAUAUUCAUUAUCAGAAUGUUCUGUUCAACGAGGCAAGACAACACGGUGUGGGUUAUUAUGCUUUUUCCAAGGAUGAAGAGGAAAGAGCGCAACAGCAAGCUGCAUUGAAUAAGCUGAGAGUCGAAACCGAAAAAGAACAAAAAAGGGCCAAGGAUCUGAAAACAAUCCGAGAGCAGCAAUUGGCCGCGAGAAUGAAAGCGGCUCGCAAUAGAAAAAGAGCUAGAAUGGGGUUGCCACCAGAGGAAGAUGUGGAAUCCAAUGCUCCACCUGAAGAACCAACUGAAACACCCGAGGAUAUCGAGAAGCAAAACAAAAAAGCUGAAGAAGAAAGGCGCCUAAAUGCAGCCAGGAAACGCCACGUCCGACCCUGGGAUAUAGGAAAAGACGGCGUACGACCGGAGUUCUAUGAAAUGACCCAGCACGAGUGGAACGACAAAAAGCGCAAAGAACGACCAACUGAAUUUGCUCCGCCAACCGCGUACAGCGCACGAGAAUUCAACAGCAUGAGAUCCCUGGACACGGAUAUUCAUUCCAGCAAUAAGUCUCUGAAGUUUUCCAGCAUGGAUUCCAAACGGAAGUUGCAAAACUUGAAUCCAUAUAAAAAAACAAUAAUACACGAAACCGAAUUGGAAAAACCGAAUAAUCCAGAAGAAAGCUCCAGUAUCCAAGAUGAUGAUGAUGAUGAUAAUUCUGAAAGAAAUGACCGUUUGCUUGGCGAUUACAUGCAAUCAAGGCCUCGGCUGUACAGCCCGGAAUAUCCAACGAGUGAUGCUGAACAGCAUAGUGGUAAAAUGCAGCCGGUUCCCAUAGUCAAUGAACUGGAGACCGAUGUCUAUGAAACGGAGAAGCCCAGAUUGAUGCCAAGCAAAGCAGUGCCCGUGAAGAAAGGAGUGGAAAUUCCUCCUCCUUUAACGUUUGAGCACUUUGGUCCUUCAGACAGACCAUUCUCACAUUCAUCAGCAAGAAACUCUUCGGGGCCAGUAAAUAUUGCGGCAUCAAUAGAGGCAGGUUUGAAGUUUUUACGGAACCAAACUGAAGGCACUAAACGAAGUAAAAAUGGAAAUACUUAAAUGUGGUAAUGAGGAUAUUUUAAAAUACAUAAUAAAAUUAUGUUUCUGUAUUUACGUAUGUGUUGUAAAUUCAGAAAAGUUGUAUUUACAGAAGGUAACUGAUUGAGUAUACUUUGUGCAAAAAAUGUAGAUAAUUACGGCAGUGA